AGGCAGCCGCUGCGAUCCUGGAGCGGCAGGUGCAAAGCAGCCUCCUCCCUCGCCAUCAGCCUCCGGCAUCCUCCCGCAGGGUCCCGCGGCGCCUUCAAGAGCACUAGCGCCAUCCGCCCCUCUUCUUCGGCACUGAUUUCCCCCCGGGGGGGGAACACAAGAGGAAGCUGAAAACCAAAGCAUUGUAAAGGCUUCACGUCCCAUUCUGAAGGAUGUGGCUUUGAGUUGACAUGGACCUUCUAAGACGUGGAUCAUUUAUCUAUUUAAAUUAAUGCUGUCAAACUUCAUUAGCAGAAUUAACAGAGCUUUGCUAUUUUAGCUGACCUUUCCCCUCCCCCCUUCCUCUGGGUCCCAAUCUCUUGGCAUCACGAUGAGCGGCAUCCUGUCAUACUUGGACCCCCGGAGGAUCCAAUGGGGUGCCACAUGGUACGCCGUGCAUUCUCGAAUCCUCCGCACCAAACCAGUGGAAUCUAUGCUGGAAGGGACUGGAACGACCACAUCUCAUGGCACGAAACUGGCUCAAGUGCUCACUACUGUGGACCUGGUUUCACUAGGCGUUGGAAGCUGUGUUGGUACUGGAAUGUAUGUGGUCUCUGGCCUGGUGGCAAAGGAGAUGGCGGGGCCCGGUGUCAUCGUUUCCUUCAUCAUUGCUGCGGUUGCCUCCAUCUUGUCUGGGGUUUGCUAUGCUGAGUUUGGUGUGCGGGUUCCCAAAACCACGGGCUCUGCUUACACCUACAGCUACGUCACCGUAGGAGAGUUUGUGGCGUUCUUCAUUGGAUGGAACCUUAUCCUGGAAUACCUGAUCGGCACAGCAGCAGGAGCCAGUGCUCUGAGCAGCAUGUUUGACUCCCUGGCCAAUCACACAAUCAGUCACUGGAUGAUUGACAGCGUUGGAACUUUGAAUGGGCUGGGUAAAGGAGAAGAGUCUUAUCCAGACCUGCUGGCUUUGGUUAUUGCAGUGGUUGUGACCAUUAUCGUCGCUUUGGGUGUGAAGAACUCUGUAGGAUUUAACAAUGUUCUCAAUGUGAUCAAUCUGGUCGUGUGGGUCUUCAUCAUGAUUGCAGGACUCUUCUAUGUCAAUGGGGAAAACUGGGCUGAAGGACAGUUCCUGCCCUUUGGAUGGUCAGGGGUGCUACAAGGCGCAGCCACCUGUUUCUAUGCCUUCAUUGGAUUUGACAUCAUUGCUACCACUGGAGAAGAAGCAAAGAGCCCCAACACGUCCAUACCUUACGCCAUCACGGCUUCACUGGUCACAUGCCUGACAGCCUAUGUGUCUGUGAGCAUUAUUUUAACUCUGAUGGUGCCGUACAAUGACAUUGAUACUGAAUCACCCCUGAUGGAAAUGUUUGCAGCUCAUGGAUUCUAUGCUGCUAAAUUCAUCGUUGCCAUUGGAUCUGUCGCCGGUUUGACCGUGAGCUUGCUGGGCUCCCUUUUUCCCAUGCCCCGUGUUAUUUACGCUAUGGCUGGAGACGGGCUUCUCUUCAGAUUCUUAUCCCACGUAAGUUCUUAUACCGAGACUCCUGUGGUGGCUUGCAUUGUGUCGGGAUUUCUUGCAGCGCUACUCUCCUUGCUGGUGAGCCUGAGGGACCUGAUAGAAAUGAUGUCCAUCGGCACUCUGCUAGCGUACACUUUGGUCUCUGUGUGUGUCUUGCUUCUCCGGUAUCAGCCAGAAAGUGACAUUGAUGGCUUUGUCAAAUUUCUCUCUGAAGAGCAUACUAAGAAGAAGGAAGGGAUUUUGGCCGACUGUGAGAAGGAAGCUUGUUCUCCAGUGAGUGAAGGGGAAGAGUUUGCAGGCCCGCCCACCAACACAUGUGGGGCAAAAAACCUUCCAUCUUUGGGUGACAACGAGAUGCUCAUUGGCAAAUCAGAUAAAGCGACCUACAAUGUCAACCACCCCAACUACGGUACAGUUGACAUGACUUCAGGAAUAGAGGCAGAGGAGUCUGAAAACAUUUACCUCAUAAAGCUGAAGAAACUUAUAGGCCCACGAUACUACACUAUGAGAAUCCAUUUAGGACUGCCUGGGAAAAUGGACCGCCCUACUGCAGCUACAGGCCAGACUGUCACCACCUGUGUCCUCCUGCUGUUUGUCCUUAUGUUCAUCUUUUGCUCUUUCAUUAUUUUUGGCAUGGACUAUCUUUACGACCACAGCUGGUGGGCCAUUCUUCUCGUGGUCUUGAUGAUCCUACUGAUUGUCGUAUUGGUAUUUGUCAUUCUUCAACAGCCAGAGAACCCCAAAAAGCUCCCUUAUAUGGCGCCUUGCUUGCCUUUUGUCCCAGCCUUUGCUAUGCUUGUGAACAUCUAUCUCAUGUUGAAACUCUCAAAGAUCACCUGGAUCCGGUUUGCUGUCUGGUGUUUUGUGGGGUUGCUGAUUUAUUUUGGCUAUGGCAUAUGGAACAGCACACUGGAGAUCACUGCUCGGGAAGAAGCCCUGCAUCAGAGCACAUACCAACGCUAUGAUGUUGACGUUGAUCCCUUCUCAGUUGAAGAUGGCUUCACCUAUGCUGAGAGUGAAAACUACCAGGACUGGGAUCAUGCCGAUGACAAAGGUUUUUCUUACCAGCAGAUGUCAGAAACAAAGGAAAGCAGUCGGACAAGUGGCAAAUCCAAAAGCAAAGGCAAACACAAACAGAACUCGGAUGCGCUGAUUUCAAAUGAUGAGUUAGACUACUCACCAGAGUAGAUGCAACAGAAACACCACUGAUCCACCCUUUGUCACUAAGUUAACCCGUGGGCUAAAAUUCAAAACACUGGCUUCUUUUGGCACUCAUUCCAAACCCAGCCUGGCUGUCAAGAUUCUGUUUCCAGUAACCACGUCACUCACUCUUUCACUCGCUUUCUGUUCUUCAGGAUAGUUCUUAUUUUGGUGCUCAUCUUGAAUCAACAGAAAGUCACACUAAAGGAAAUAAACCACGUCUCUUAUGCUUACCCCACCCAUCACCAGUUGUACCACUCUUUCACUGAUUGCUUCCAGGAGCUCAUCCCCUGCCCCUUUGGAUAGGCUUGUUUGGCUUGCAGAGUUUUGGGUUGUCCAGGGAACCCAACAUGCAAGCCAUGUCCUGCUGCAGGAUUCUUCAGUAAAUCAGAUAACAAUUCAUUUCCACUAGCAAGGAAAGUGCUGUGUUCAUUGUGCUUUCCCAAAGACAACACUCGCUGGUGCCCUUACUGGUAACUAUUAGAUUACUUGGAGAAGACACGGGUUUUUGAUUGGGCAGGAGUACUUUUAUAAAAUUUAAAGAGUGACUAGUUAGGUAGAUCUAUUUAAAAUGGAGCCAUAACAUUUUCCCCUCAGGAUAUUCCAGAGGUAAAAGAUAUGUCAUGGUCGUGCAGGCCAGCAUUCCCAUUAUCAUCAGUGUACAAUUAACACACCUUUUAAUUAGCAAAACAUCUGAGACCUUUGGCACAGUUGGCUUUCCCUUUGGCUUUUGUUUUCAUGUUGUCUUCUUCUGUAGUAAUUCUGUCACAUUAACCAACCUCUUCCUUAAAUUAUGGUGCAAAAUCAUAUUACUUGAACAGAAUAUGAAGUAUCAACCAGUUGGAAUUUGUGUCUUGGUAAGGUUUCAUUUCCCAGAUUUUCCAUUUCAAUUACUUCCCCAAAUUCUAUGAUUUCAGUUUUUAGGACCACAAACAUUUAGCGGGCAUGACCUUUGGCUCAAUUUGAUUUUAGAAGCUAAAAAUUAGAAUUUAGAAAUAACUUUUUAGAACUAAAAGCAACGUGUGCUGUGUAUUUACUGCCCCAUAGCAAGCACUUAAAGCACCCUCUGGACAGUUUAAAAUUUAAUUAUGCAGUUUACACAUUGCCCCCCCCCCAUGAGCUGGGCACUCAGUUUACUCACCUCGGAAUGAUGGAAGGCUGAAUUGUCCUUGAGCUGGUUGGCUACAUGAGUCCGCUGGGAUCAAAAUCAGGUUGUGAGUAGAGUCUGGUCUGCAGUACUGCAGUUUAACGACUGCACCAUGAGGCUUUGCCCAUCACUAAUUUGUUUUUUGAGUAACAAUACUGUUAAGCUUCAGGCACAACUGAUACUGGCCUGUUUCAGUUUAUGUAAGGUGUGCAAACUUUUCAUGGCUAUUUGUGUGAUGAGGUGCCAAAGCAUAUCUUAGCUGCAGGUCCAGUCACAUGCCUGAUUGUGUGACUAAAAUAUUCCCUGGGACCUUGACAUUAAACUGUUGCAAGUUAUAUAAACCAUACACAAUUACGAACAUCAAUAA